AGAGAAUAUCCAAAACAAAAUCAUCUCUUUUUUGGGGGGGUUAGGUCAGAACAAAAUUCUCUCUAAUAAGAUGAUGAUCAUGUAGAAGAGAAGUGAACAGUUCCAAUUUCCGAAGAUAGAGAGAAACUUGAAAUGAAAAUGAGAAUAGGCAGAAGCAGAGGCUAACAACAGAGAAUAGAAUAUUUAUCACUUUUUCACUUUGCUUCUCUCUCUACACUUCCAUGGAGCCUCCACCUUCCUAUUCCUAUUCCCCAUUCCCAUUCUCACUUGAGCGCCACACACAGAUACAAAUGCACGAUCCCAUUCUCUUCUUCCUCUUCUUCGCGUCCCUCUCCUCCCUUCUCUUCCUCUCUUUCUCUCUCUUCAAACGCUUCUCGACAAAAAAGGAACACCACCACCAUACUCAAAAAGUUCCCAGCUUGUUGGGAGAGGAACAGAGACCCAAGAAGAAGAGAAAGAAGCCCAAGAAGAAGAGAACCCAAGGUGACGACGCCGCCAAUUCGGGUUCGGGUUCCGACUCGGGGCUCCGACUUGAAUCCACGUGCCAGUAUCCGUUUACGUCUUCCAGUAGCGUUAUGCAGAGAAAGAUCAAACAGCAGUAUGAUGAGCUCGUCAGAUGCAACCACUUGAAGAAACUCACGCUGCCCCAGGUUGUGCAGUUUGCUAAUAGUUUGGUUGAUGCUAGAAAUGAGCUACAACACAAAGCUGAUGUGAUUCAACGUAAGUUUGUAAUAACGAAGGCUUUACUAUGUAAGGCAGAUAGAUCUUCUUUUGACCGCCUUCAUCAACAGAUAUACAAGCUAGAAUUAGAGCAAAAACGUUUAGAAGAGGAUGUUUUUGUUUAUAACUCGCUUCAACAACAGCUUAAACUGUCACCAGCCUACCAGAAGAUGCUUGAACUUGGAGCUUGCAUGGAGAAGGAAAAAUCAAGUGAACUGGGAGAGAACAGAGAUGAUGAUUUUGCUGAAAUUUCUUUUGAGGAAUUGUUAGCACAGGAGAAGAAAGAUUCAUUUUGGCAAAAAAAUGGGAAAUCAAGACUAAGCUCAAGCUAAUAACACUACUAGCUUGGUUAACUGUAACCUCCUGAGUUAGUUUAGUAUGUACAUCCAAUACCUGUAGUAGUGUGUUGUCACAGGAAUGUUCUUUUUGGUUCUUUGCCUGUGCCAAUUUUGGUUGUUAAUGGAAUAUAGAUGAUACAACUUUGAGUUUAUUUUAGAAAUUUAUGAAUGGAAGCCAGUUAAAUUGAAAUUAA